AGGCGGUGGCGCGACGCCUUUGUGGAAGCCGGAGCUCACCGGGAGGAAGUUCCGGUCUCCGGGACGCUGGGUCCGUGGCGGCCACUGAGGAGGAGGAGCGGGCCGCGGGGCCUAAGCUGCUUUGGUAUCACCCGGUUUGGUAGGAAAAAGAUCUACUUAUUGAAGCUUUCUUGACAUAGAAAGAGAUGUGGGGGGAUUCUCGAUCUGCUAACAGAACAGGACCUUUUCGGACUGGGUGAAAGCUUUUUCUGCAGCAGUCAUGUUGAAAACCUUGUGUUGACUUACCUCGUGUUCUGAAAUGGGAGCAUAAAAGUUUACUCGGACACCUCAUCUUAAAAUAGCAAAACUUGCUGUUUUCUGCAGAUCUAGGACCUUGUUACAGAACUCUGCCCCAAAAAAUAUAUUUACAGAAGAAUAUGCUGUGAUUAGAGAAGAAUAUGCUGGUGUGUAGAUUUCAAACUCUCUGGACAAUAUGAAUAACCCUGUCUUUGUUUCUACAGUGGGAGCCAAGAAGAAAGGUUUGCUCCCGGGUGGAACAGGGAUUAUCCUCCUCCUCCCCUUAAGAGUCAUGCUCAAGAGAGACACUCUGGCAACUUUCCUGGCAGAGAUUCACUUCCCUUUGAUUUCCAGGGGCAUUCAGGACCUCCUUUUGCAAAUGUAGAGGAGCAUUCUUUCAGCUAUGGAGCUAGAGAUGGACCACAUGGUGACUAUCAAGGAGGGGAGGGGUCUGGACAUGAUUUCAGAGGGGGAGACUUUUCAUCCUCGGAUUUCCAGAGUAGAGAUUCAGCACAGUUGGACUUCAGGAAUAGGGACAUACAUUCUGGGGAUUUUCGGGAUAGAGAAGGACCACCUAUGGACUACAGGGGUGGAGAUGGUACUCCUAUGGAUUAUAGAGGUAGGGAGACACCGCAUAUAAAUUACAGAGACAGGGAUUCUCAUACUGUUGACUUCAGAAAUAGAGAUGUUCCUCCAUCUGACUUUAGGGGGCGGGGCACUUAUGAUUUAGAUUUUAGAGGCCGAGAUGGAUCCCAUGCAGAUUUUAGGGGAAGAGAUUUAUCAGAUUUGGAUUUUAGAUCCAGAGAUCAGUCUCGUUCUGAUUUUAGGAACAGAGAUGUAUCUGAUUUGGACUUCAGGGAUAAAGAUGGAACACAGGUGGACUUUAGAGGCCGAGGUUCAGCUACUGCUGAUCUAGACUUUAGGAACAGGGAUACACCACAUUCGGAUUUCAGAGGGAGACACCGUUCUAGGACUUACCAAGAUUUUAGAGGCAGAGAGGUAGGGCCUUGUAUGGAAUUUAAAGAUAGGGAGAUGCCUCCUGUGGAUCCAAAAGUUUUGGAUUACAUUCAGCCUUCUACACAAGAGAGAGAACAUUCUAGUAUGAAUAUGAACAAGAGAGAAGAAUCCACACAUGACCAUGCAGUAGAAAGACCUGCUUUUGGUGUUCAGAAGGGAGACUUUGAGCAUUCAGAAACAAGAGAAGGAGAAACACAAAGUGGAACUUUUGAACAUGAAUCUCAAUCAGACUUUCAAAACAGCCAAAGUCCAGUUGAAGACCAAGAUAAGCCAAAGCUUUCUGGAGGUGAACAACAGAGUUCAGAUGCUGGUCUGUUUAAAGAAGAAGGUGAUUUGGACUUUCUCGGCCGACAAGACACUGAUUACAGAAGCAUUGAAUACUGUGAUGUGGAUCACAGGUUGCCAGGAAGCCAGAUUUUUGGCUAUGGCCACAGCAAGUCUUUUCCUCAGGGCAAAAUGUCCAGAGAUGCCCAACAAGACCUUCAGGAUCAAGAUUAUAGGACCGGCCCAAGUGAGGAAAAACCUAACAGACUUAUUCGAUUAAAUGGGGUGCCAGAAAAUGCCACAAAAGAAGAGAUUCUUAACGCCUUUCGGACUUCUGAUGGCAUACCUGUUAAGGAGUUGCAGUUGAAGGAGUAUAACACAGGGAACUCUAAUGAUCCAUGACAAAGAAGUCACUCUUGAGUAUGUGCCAAGUCCAGAUUUUUGGUACUGCAAACGAUGUAAGGCUAGCACUGGUGGGCAUCAGUCUUCUUGUUCAUUCUGCAAGGGCCCAAAGGAAGAAGUCAAGCAGGAACUAGUAUCCUAUCCUCAACCUCAGAAAACAUCCAUACCAGUACCCUCAGAAAAACAGCCCAACCAGCCACGGCCUGCUGAUAAGGAGCAUGAACUCAGGAAGCGGGAAGAAGGGCAAGAGUCAAGAUUGGGACAUCAGAAGAGAGAGACAGAAAGAUAUUUCCCUCAUUCUCGAAGGGAAGGGCUCACUUUCCGAAGAGACCGAGAAAAGGAGUCAUGGUCUGGAGAGACACGCCAGGAUGGAGAGAGCAAAACAAUCAUGCUAAAACGCAUCUACCGUUCCACUCCACCCGAAGUGAUCGUUGAAGUGCUGGAGCCCUAUGUGCAUCUCACCACUGCCAAUGUCCGCAUCAUAAAGAACAGGACUGGCCCCAUGGGUCACACUUACGGGUUUAUAGACCUCGACUCCCAUGCGGAAGCUCUUCGAGUAGUGAAGAUUUUACAGAAUCUUGAUCCACCAUUUAGCAUUGAUGGGAAGAUGGUAGCUGUAAACCUGGCCACUGGAAAACGAAGAAAUGAUUCUGGGGACCAUUCCGACCACAUGCAUUACUAUCAGGGUAAAAAAUAUUUCCGAGAUAGGAGAGGAGGAAACAGAAAUUCAGACUGGUCCUCAGAUACAAAUCGACAAGGGCAACAGUCAUCAUCUGACUGCUACAUAUAUGAUUCUGCUACUGGCUACUAUUAUGACCCCUUGGCAGGAACUUACUAUGACCCCAACACCCAGCAAGAAGUCUAUGUGCCCCAGGACCCUGAGUCACCUGACGAAGAAGAGAUCAAGGAGAAGAAAUCUGCCACUCAAGGAAAGUCAAAUAGCAAAAAAGAAAUGUCUAAAAGAGAUAGCAAGGAGAAAAAAGACAGAGGAGUAACCAAGUUUCAAGAAAGCUCCAGUGAGGGGAAGCCUCCCCAAGAAGACGUUUUUAAGAAGCCCCUGCCUCCUACUGUGAAAAAGGAAGAGAGUCCUCCUCCACCUAAGGUGGUAAAUCCAUUAAUUGGUCUCCUGGGUGAAUAUGGAGGAGACAGUGACUAUGAGGAAGAUGAGGAGGAGGAACAGGCCCCUCCUGUGCAGCCUCGAACAGCACAGCCUCAGCCUCGAGAGGAGCUAACCAAGAAAGAGAAUGAAGAAGACAAACUCACUGACUGGAAUAAACUGGCUUGUCUGCUCUGCAGAAGGCAGUUUCCCAAUAAAGAAGUUCUUACCAAACACCAACAACUGUCAGACCUGCACAAGCAAAACCUGGAAAUUCACCGGAAGAUAAAACAGUCAGAGCAAGAGCUAGCCUAUCUGGAGAGGAGAGAACGGGAGGGAAGGUUUAAAGAAAAAGGAAAUGACCGAAGGGAAAAACUACAAUCUUUUGAUUCUCCAGAAAGGAAACGGAUUAAAUACUCCAGGGAAGCAGACAGUGAUCGUAACACUGUUGAUAAAGAAGACACUGACACCAGUAGCAAAGGAGGCUGUGCCCAGCAGGCCACUGGCUGGAGGAAAGGGGCAGGCCUAGGAUAUAGCCAUCCUGGAUUGGGUUCAUCAGAGGAGAUUGAAGGGCGGAUGAGGGGAACUGGGGGUGGUGCCCCAGGAAGAACCAGCAAGAGACAGUCUAACGAGACUUACCGAGAUGCUGUUCGAAGAGUUAUGUUUGCUCGAUAUAAAGAACUCGAUUAAGAGUGGAGGUGCCCCACAGGACACAGUUUUCUCCUUGUUUUGUUUGUCCAUCUCCUUUUGUUUUGUUACUGUUCUUGCUGCUAGAACUUUUUUAAAUAAACUUUUUUUCAAUGUG